AAAUUGGUCAGUUGGUUUAUGGAACAGCAUCAGUUUCAACGGUUUCUUCGUCUAGUAAAGUCACAACACAUCUGACAAACCUCAACAAUAUGAAAUUCUUCAUUGCUGUAACACUUGCCAUGGUCGCAUUCGCUUCGGCUGAUGUCAGCCAUUUGUCGAAUACGUACUUGCCACCAAAUCGUUACAGUGCACCAUCUAACGAAUACUUGCCACCUGUACAACAAUCGUACUCAGCACCAGCUAGCAGCUAUUCUGCACCAAUUGUACAACAAAGUUAUUCUGCACCAUCUGCUAGCUAUUCUGCACCAUCCUUCUCAUCUCACUCAUCAUCUAGUGGUUUCUCUGGAGGUUUAUCUGGUGGUUAUUCUGGUGGCUAUUCCGGUGGUUAUUCCGGUGGUUAUUCUGGAGCUCAACAAUCAUAUUCAGCACCAGUACAAUCUUACUCAGCACCCAUCGCACAAAGCUAUGCUGUACAGGAACAAUACUCCGCACCUGUAUCUGCACCAGCUAACGAAUACUUGCCACCCGUACAACAAUCAUAUGCUGCUCCAUCAGUAAGCUAUGCAGCUCCAGCUGUUCAAUCAUACUCAGCACCAGCUGUUCAGUCAUACUCAGCCCCAGCUAUCCAAUCUUAUUCAGCACCAGCUGUGCAAUCAUACUCUGCACCAAGUUACUCUGGCUCAUCUUUGGGCUUCUCUAGCUCCGGUUCUGGUUCAUACUCUGGUGGUUAUUCUGGUGCUUCUGCUGAUCUUGGCACUCAAUAUGCUGCCAAUGGUGGUUAUGUAUACAGAAAGAAGAAGUAAGCCGUUAGAAAAUGUGAUCACAGUAUUUGUUUUUUAUUUUUAUAGAUCAAAUGAUUUGUUAUAUAUAAUAUUAUUUUUUUUUAUCGGUAUUAUCA